UGGAGGUGCUCUAAUGUCUCUUCCUUUCUCUCUAUCUACUUCUUCUUCCUCGUCAUCAUUUGAUUAUAGAAAGGCUUGAUCAAUUUUGACUCUUUGCACCCUAAAGUUUCGAUCCCAGUCUCCUUAAUUGUUCUUAGAAUCUCUCCAAACUCUGUCAAAAUUUCAAAUUAGGUGAAGCUCCAUUGAUGUGAUCUCUCUCUCUCUCUCUCUCUCUCUCUCUCUCUCUCUCUCUCUCUCUCUCUCUCUCUCUCUCUCUCUCUCUCUCUCUCUCUCUCAAACUCUAAAGAGGGAAAUGCCAAGCGUAGCUGUGAAACUCUACAGCGUCCUCUUCAAGCUUCUUUUAAAACACCGUCUCCACAACCUCAUCUCAGCUUCACCUGACGACGGCUCACCGGUAGAUCCCUUCGGCGUCUCCACCCGACCCGAUGAAUCCGUUGCCCCCGCGAACCCUUCCUUCACCGACGGCGUCGCGACCAAAGACAUCCACAUCGAUCCGACGACGUCACUCGCCGUACGCAUCUUCCUCCCGGAAUCUGCUCUCUCCCCCUCCUCCGAGCUGCUAAGCCACCGCCGCAGCAACCCCAGAUCCGAUCGGAGGCACAGCCACCACGUCGUCGUCAUCCCUCUCAACCGGACCUCUCCGGAGAAGAGGAGCGAGUCUCGUCGUAAAAGCUACGGAUGCGGCGACGACUCUUACGGAGGAUACGCGCCGUCUCAGAGGAGGAGCUCUCGGAAGCUUCCGGUGAUGCUGCAGUUUCACGGCGGAGGUUGGGUCGCCGGAGGUUGUGACUCGGCGGCUAACGACUUCUUUUGCCGGAGGAUAGCUAAAGUGUGCGAUGUGAUCGUCUUGGCUGUCGGAUACAGGCUUGCUCCUGAGAAUCGGUACCCUGCUGCGUUUGAGGAUGGUGUCAAGGUUCUGAAUUGGCUUGCGAAGCAAGCUAACCUAGCUGACUGUUGCAAGUCUCUAGGUGAUCGACGCGUCAAUGGUGUUGAGCUGAAGAAACUGAACGUUCAAGGUCACGUUGUUGAUGCUUUUGGUGCUUCUAUGGUUGAGCCUUGGCUCGCAGCUCACGCCGAUCCUUCUAGAUGUGUUCUACUGGGGGUGAGCUGUGGUGGGAACAUAGCAGACUACGUAGCUCGUAAAGCGGUGGAAGCUGGGAAACUUCUAGAACCUGUUAAAGUCGUUGCACAGGUUCUAAUGUACCCUUUCUUCAUCGGAAACAACCCGACACAGUCCGAGAUAAAGCUAGCAAACUCCUACUUCUACGAUAAGUCUGUCUCUGCUCUCGCGUGGAAACUCUUCUUACCGGAGAAAGAGUUCGACUUUGACCACCCGGCAGCGAACCCACUCGCAGUUAACCGGAGCGGACCGCCUCUGAAGCUAAUGCCACCAACGCUAACGGUGGUGGCGGAACAUGACUGGAUGAGAGAUCGAGCCAUUGCUUACGCUGAGGAGCUUAGGAAAGUAAACGUAGAUUCUCCGGUUUUGGAAUAUAAAGACGCGGUUCAUGAGUUUGCAACGCUUGAUAUGCUUCUCAAGACUCCUCAGGCACAGGCCUGCGCCGAAGAUAUUGCUAUUUGGGUCAAGAAAUACAUUUCACUACGCGGCCAUGAGUUCUCUUACUAAGAUUUUUAACCUUGUUAUUAUUUUUGUUUCUCAUUAUCUUUCCUUUUUUGUAUGUAGCAAAGAUUUUGUGAUUAGGAUUAGAGACGAUUCCAGAUUUUUGGAGUCUUCUUUUUUUGGUUUAAUGAUUGUAUUCAUAUGUACGUAUUCUGAAUAAACCAUCUUGGUGGCGA